AUGCUUGGCCACAUUCAACGUGGUGCCCCUAAACUCCUUGAGCCAUCGUCAGGGACAGCUGCGUUCAAAUGCUCUGAUUCCUUUGUCCGCAAGUUUCUACAUACCCGGCUUAACUGGGUUACCCGCGCCGGUACUAAAGCUGCGCAGAAAACCCCUGAAGAUGCUUCUCGGCAACUUCUGCAACUUUUCUUCCGGCUCGCACUCACCAUCCGUGACUAUGACAUUCCCGAUGCCUCCCUUGUUGUCAAUUUCGAUCAAACUCAAGUCAUCGUAGCUCAUAACGACAAUCGUACAUAUGACCAACGCGGCGCCAAGCAAGUCGCAAUCACAAAUAAGGAGGAAAAGCGAGCCUGGACUGCUGUUGUCGGUGUCUCGGCAAGUGGUGAAGUUCUUCCUCUUCAGGUCAUUAUGAAGGGA